UCCUCACUCUUCUCGUGUAGAAACCGAUACAACACAUGAAGAAAACGCCGAGCCUGACGUUCCUCGCCGCCGGCGAAUCUCCGGAUAUAGAUGCCCCGACGAUCCAUCCUCUUUCACAGCGAACUCAGUCCUUUCCCUUCUCCUCCCCUCUGCGCUCCGCGUCAUCGUCCACCGUUCCCUUCUCCUGGGAGCACGAACCUGGUAUCCCCAAAAACCCCAGAAAACCUUAUUUCAACUCUAAUCCGGAUCGCAUCCCUCUUCCUCCACCGAUCCGAUUUGAUUCCAUAAAAACACUGUCCGAAGCCGACCCGUUCGCGGCGGCGCUCGCUGAGUGUGCCAAGGAGACGCCGCCGGCAGAUCCUGAGUUAGAGGAGUUUUUGCGUCGGAGAUCGGCUGCGAGGAGGCGGAGAACGGCGGUUUUGUCUCCUGGCAGCGGGCUGAGUUUGUCGGGGUUGUAUGUAUCUUGCAAAGCUGCGGCGGCCGCGUGCUCUGUUGUGGAGUCUACGGUCCGUGUGCCGCGGACGGGGUCGGUGAACCGCCGGUUAGGGUAAGAGGAGGUUGUCCGGGAAGUACUUUGGACAGAAUUGUUAAGAUUACUAUGCAUGCUGUAACUGUAAUUAUGUGGUUGCCAAUAAAAUUUUGGGGGAAUUAUAAUAUUUAA